GCGAAACUACAAUGGCCACCAGUGGCUCUCCGCUCCGUCCGCACUCCUUGGUGAACGCAUAUGACCAAGCAGUAUUCAACAACAAAACGUUAAUUUCCGAUUAAAUAGCAAAUUUAUCGCUCUUUUUCAACUGAGAAGCGACGUUUUCCAGUAAUUUGUGGUAAACCAGAAAAAAACCAUGGCAGACAUUCUAUCAGAGACUGGCCGGCUGGUGAAAAUGGAGGUGGACUACACCUCGACUUGCGAUGAAAAAAUUCCUGAGUUUGAAAAAAUGGCAAAGUCAGGCCAGCUGAAUGAAGCAAUUGAAGGCCUGCUUAGUUUGGAGAAGCAAACCAGAACUGGUUCGGACAUGGUUUCAACGAGCAGAGUCUUGGUGGCAAUCGUCCAGCUUUGUUAUGAUGCUGGAAAGUGGGAUUUGCUGAAUGAGCAUGUCGUCGUUCUCUCCCGUCGACGAAGCCAGCUCAAACAAUCUGUGGCUAAAAUGGUGCAGAAAUGUGUUGAGUACGUCGACAAGACUCCAGACAAGCCAACAAUGAUCAAACUUAUUGACACUUUGCGCACAGUCACAGAGGGAAAGAUUUACGUAGAAGUCGAGCGGGCAAGGCUCACUCACAAGCUGGCUAAAAUCAGGGAAGAUGAAGGAGAAGUUUCAAAGGCUGCCGAUAUCAUCCAAGAAUUGCAAGUCGAGACUUACGGCUCUAUGGUGAAAAAGGAGAAGGUUGAGUUGAUUUUGGAGCAAAUGAGGUUGUGCCUUGCCAAGAAAGACUUUAUCAGGACACAAAUCAUCUCAAAGAAGAUCAGCCCCAAAUUCUUCGAUGAUGAAGCAAACCAGGAACUGAAAUUGAAAUACUACAAGCUGAUGAUUGAAUUAGAUGGGCAUGAGGGUAGUUUUCUGGCCACUUGUCGCCACUACCGCAACAUACUCACCACUCCCGUCAUCCGAGAUGACCCUGUCGAGAGAGACUUGACCCUCCAGAGUAUUGUCUUGUACUUGCUACUGGCCCCUUACGACAAUGAGCAGGCCGACUUGACCCAUAGAGUACUGGAAGACUCUCUCCUGGAUCAUGUUCCACAUUACAAGGGUCUACUGAAACUCUUUAACACCCCUGAACUGAUCAAUUGGAAGGGACUUUGCAGCGAGUACGAAAGAGGCCUGACAAGCCGUGAUAAGACUAUUGCUCCUCCUGAGAUUUUUGAUCCAACCACCCCGAAGGGCCAGAGCCGUUGGAAGGACCUCAGGAGUAGAGUCGUGGAGCACAAUAUCAGAAUCAUGGCCAAAUACUACACAAGGAUCAAUCUCAACAGAAUGGCUGAGCUUAUGGACCUCACUACUGAGGAAACGGAACAAGUUCUUUCCAGUUUGGUUGAAAAUGGAACAGUGAAGGCCAAGACGGACCGUCCAGCUGGAGUUGUCAGUUUCUCAGGCACUCAAGACCCAACAGACAUACUUAACUCUUGGUCCUCUCGAAUUAACGACCUCAUGACUCUCGUCAACAAGACAACACAUCUCAUCAACCGAGAAGAAAUGGUUCACAAGCAUUUGGUGGUCAACGGUGCUCCACCUCCAACGAGCCAAAACCAAGAUUACGAAAUUGCCGACUGAUGCGGUGCAAAUACAGCAUUCAGGCUAAGGGAGUUGUUUAAUUUUGGAGACUCGGCAGCUCAAAAAUUCUCUUGAUUUUCCACUUGACGCUGUCAGUCUCUACUUGAAUAUUACUUGAUUAUGUAUAAUUAAUUAAUGGUUUGAAUUACUUUUUGUCAAUAAAAUAUUAGUCUUAUUAAAAAUAAC